GCUGUUCUUGUUUACGCGGCUUAUUAUCCAACACAUUUUCCAAUGUUUUGCGGAAAGAGUUUAGUUAAUAAUUUCUACAAAUAUAAGAGAAAAGUGUGGCAGAAUGUAGUACCCAUUAUAAAGCGCUGCAAUGCAACGUACCACCCACCCAAAAUUCUGUUCUUUGGCACCGACAACUUUUCUUUGCCAAGUUUGCAGGCGCUACACAGGAAUUGCAGUGAUCGCUUGGGAGUGGUUACGUCCUUCAAGAGUCCCGCCAACUGUGUAAGGAGCUAUGCGGAAAAGGAGAAAAUUCCCCUUCAAAAGUGGCCCAUAGAACCCGAUGAAUGCUCCAAAUUCGAUCUGGGCGUAGUGGUUUCGUUUGGUCACCUGAUUCCUGCUAAUAUCAUCAAUGGAUUCCCCCAUGGAAUGAUCAAUGUUCACGCUAGUCUGCUGCCCAAAUGGCGAGGAGCUGCUCCCAUUAUAUACGCUAUUAUGAAGGGAGAUUCCCACACUGGGGUUUCCAUCAUGAAAAUCGAACCACAUCGGUUUGAUAUAGGCGAUAUUCUAGCUCAGCGGGAGGUGGCCAUAAAACCCGAUGUCUUCAUGCCGGAAUUGCAUGCCUCUUUGGCUUUGUUAGGAGCCGAUUUACUAGUGGAUACGGUCAACAACCUAUCAGAAAGACUAAGGAAUGCCAAGCCCCAAGAUAAUACAAGUGCCAGCUAUGCUCCCAAGAUCACCAACAAAAUCACAGAGAUCAGCUGGUCAGAGCUCAGUGCCUUUGAAAUAUACACUCGUCACAGAGCUUUGUAUGGCUAUAAAAAUCUAACCACCAGUUUUAUGGAUAAACAAGUGCAGCUGUUGGAUUUACGGUUACCAGAAAAGGCACUCAUAGGCCAAGAACCUGGUACGUUUAGCUUCCAAAGGAAGAGGAGAUCCCUGCUGAUAGGAUGUGCUCAGGAAAGUCAGCUGGAAGUGCUGCAAUUACGUGUGGAAGGUAGGAAACCCAUGAGUGCGCAGGACUUUAACAACGGGUUCCUGAAGCAGGCAAGAUCCUUAGCGUUCACCGACAAUAAACUAGCUUCAAAUUGA